GAUGUUAGGACAAAAACUGUCCAGUGUCUUAAUUCUUUAUUCUAAAAGAACUGUCAUUUGUCAAUGUUUGACAUGAAUUUUUUAAUGAGGAAUUAUCCGUUUAGGUCAUGCAUGUUGUGCUACACAUUUAUACAAGAUUAGGAUCAGGGACCACUAUAUUUGUGAAUGUGGCCUUGACGAAGGUUCCGUCUCCCAUCUUCUAUUCAGCUGUCCUAAACUCCUUCACCCCCUAUAUGAUGUCCUUCCCGUCAAAAUUCCCAGCCCUUUAAAAACAGAAUUUUUGCGGUCGUUGGUGUUUGGUCCCUUUAGUAAAUUUAUAUUUAAAUAUAUUAAAAUCAAUAGAAUUAAUACAAUUAUCUACUAACAAAGUUACUAAUUGUGACUUCAGUCCAAGCUGUUAAAAUUAAUUAAAUUCGUAAGUUAAUUCUGGAUCGUGUCUUCUGCAUUCUACACAACAUUGGUAGAAUAAUCUGUGCAUGUCUUUGCACGGAUGAAGGCCACAAUUAAAACAACCAAACAACCUUUAAUGAGGAAAUAGUGGCAGACAUUCAAGCUAAUGGUAUACAUGAUGCAGAGACCAAUGAAAAGCACAAAUUAAGGAUACAAAUUUAUAUAGAUGAAUACUGCAACCCGAUACAUAUAAAGUGCCAGUUCAUUGCCGACUUUAUAUCAUACUUGCAAUAAAUAACGUUCUAAUAUAUAUAUAUAUAUAUUAUAACAGGUGUGGUUGAAUCAUUGACAUUUAGUUUUUUUGUAUAAAGUUCAAGAUUAAGGGUACCAACUGAUAUGCAUUCAGAAAAAGAACAUUAAUAAUUUGAGAAAAAAUGAAUGUCGCGAGGGGAGCAGUGAGCGCGGGUCGCAUGCGAGCCUGGCGGGUGCACGCCUACAGCGCCGGAACCGAGGAGUUGCGGCUGGAGAGCGCGCGCGUGCCGCCGCUGAGGGCUCCCGAUCAGCUGCUUGUGCGAGUCCACACCGCCUCCAUCAACCCACUGGACGUGGCCAUGCUCGGCGGAUACGGUUCUCGGAUACUGAACACGCUGCGGACGCUGGACGGCACCGACCUCGAGUUCCCGCUAGUGCCAGGGAGGGACUUCGCCGGCGAAGUCGUCGCAGCCGGUGCGAGUUGCCGGCUGCGGGUCGGCGACCGCGUGUGGGGUGUGGUCCCGCCGCACAGGCCGGGCUCGCAUGCGGAGUACGUGACGGUGCGCGAGCGCUGGACCGGCCUUGCCCCGCUUGCUCUGUCCGACGAGGAGGCAGGCGGGGCGCUUUACGCGGCUCUGAGCGCGUGCGCGGCGCUCCGGGUUGGAGGCCUUCCGCCAGGGAGACGCGCCCGCCGUCCGCCGCGCGUGUUAUUACUGGGACUGGGCGGGGUUGGACACGUGGCCCUUCAGCUGCUCGUGGACGCUGGCGCCGAGGUGAUCGUUGGCUGCUCUGCGGACCUGUGUGAGCGCGCGACCUCGCUCGGUGCCGCGGCGGCGCUCGAUCGGUCGGCGGCUGACUACGACCGCCUCCUCGAGGAGUCCGGCCCGUACGAGGUGAUCGUGGACUGUGCGGGAGUGGGUGGCGCGGAGGCCGGUUCGCGGCGCUGGAGGUUCUCCCGGUUCGUGACCCUGAGCUCGCCGUUGCUCCGGCUUACGGACGCCCGCGGGCUGGUGGGCGGGGGAUGUGCGGCGGCGGCCCAGCUAGUCGCCGAUGGCCUGUCCGCGGCCCGGAGCGCGCCCGCACCGUCCUCCUGCCCGCCGCACGUCCGCUGGGCCUUCUUCGCUCCGUCCUCGGACGACAUCGAGACGCUCCGUCGCCUCGCGGAGAGAGGCAGGCUGUCGGUGUGUGUGGAGCGCGUGUUCCCCUGGUGGGAGGGUGUGGCGGCGUACGAGCGCGCGGCUCGUGGCGGGGCGCGAGGGAAGCUCGUGCUGGACUUCACGCGCUCGCCACCCCCCGCUCUCGCCGCUCCCCCCGCCCCCGCCGACCGCACAGUGUCGUCGCGUUAGACUGAUGUUGUUAAAGUGAAACUGUUCCUGAACCGAAUGUUAGCGGAGGACUCUUUAUGAUAUAAACUUAAUAAAUGUUGUUUUAUUUUUUCAUUGUUAUUGUAACAAAAUAAUAAACAAGUUUCCAAAAUCACUUUCUUUCGAUUACAUUUGGUACAUUUUGUAAAGUAAUUAUAGUUUGUACUAUAAUGAAACGACGGAUUCACAAAGAAUGGUUUGAAGAGACCGAGUUAGUGUUUGAUAUUUGCCGUGGUGUGAAUAGUUAGAUAUUAUUGCGUAGUUUGUUGUUUACAGAUGACUUGAUGGUACUAAGAUCUAAAAUAAAUAAUUGAUACAA